AUGGCAGGUAUGGUAAUGGUAACAAGGGGUGGCGGAUGUGGUGGCGGUGGCGAAGGAAAUGGGAAGAGUUCAAAAUCUGCUGCAACUGAGGAGCAAAAUAAUCAGGAACACCAGCAGCAGGUCUCUUUGCUGGAUUUUCUUAUAUCAGCUUUAAGAAAAUCCAUGGUGUCUUGCCGGGUGGAUUGGCAGGAAGAGAUGAUCUCCACCGUUCAUCACAUGGAAAUCGGGUGGCCCACAAACGUCCAACACGUAACCCAUGUCACUUUCGAUCGAUUUCAUGGAUUUUUGGGUCUCCCUCAUGAGUUAGAAGUUGAAAUCCCAUGUAGAGCUCCCAGUGCCAGAAUUCUGCAAUAUAAAGUAGAAACCAGGAAUGGAGCUUACUUGACCAUUGAGAAUGGAGGCUAG